UGAUGGAGCCCUGGUGAACAUUGCCUACAAAAACUGGUGGCAAAGGUCGUGUCCCUCCCUGGCCAGGUCACUUCCAGAAGCAAAGUAUGCCGGCUGCCAGCCCAGCUCAGCUUGGGAUCAGCGAUGGAGAAUCUGGGGAGGCGAUCAAGAGGUGUCAGACUGGUCUGGGUGUGGGCUCCCAGGAAGUUGCCACGCAAGUGAGGCAGCAGCCUGUCCCGGGGGAGGCAUGGGCUUCAGAUGCAGUGCCGCCUGUCACUGGCACCGUGGCCUUGGGCAGCCUACCACCUUGGAGCACUGGUGUCCUGUCUGUAAAACAGAAAAUGGUGCUUCCUACCCCACGGGGUGUUGUGAGGCUCGGAGAGAGAUGUGUAAGGACCAUAAGGGCUGGCACGGAGGGAAUGCACAAUAAAAGGUGACUGUGAUUCACGUGUGUGGAGACUCCCUCUCGAAGUUGUCUUCUGUGGUCUGGUGAGGGCUGGAAGGUUCAGGUAAACAUUUCAGGGUUAUUCUGCGGCUGAGGGCUGGGUCCAGACCUGAGCCCGAGGAACUCUCUGCUGCCAAGACCCCUCUACCUGUGACAGCCAUCGCAGCCCCUCUCAGGGCAAGCGGACCUUGCCGACUUGGCCCUAAAGCUGUGCCGAGCUUUGCUCUGGCCUUGUUUGCUGUCCUCCAGCUCCAGGGCAGCUGGUGGGGUCCGGGGCCCCGAGGGUCACCCCUGCUUCUCCCACAACAAGGACAGGUAGGAGGGGACAGAAACCCCUGCACCCACCCAGACCUGCAAGAUCCCCCUUCCCCGAAUGCCACCCAGAGGCCUCAUCAUCCUGGCCACCCAGCUCCGAGGUGGAGGCAGCUGUGGAUGCAGCUUGAGAGGGCUGUUUCGUGGAACAAACCACACCCCUGCCAGGUUGUGAUGGAUCUGGGCCAUUCAGGUUGGCCAAGUGCUUCAGUCAGCUCUGGGCAUUCCUGUCCUACUGACACUGGAGGUUGUGAAAGACCCUGCGACAGGGGAUGAGACUCUUCUACUUGCUGCUGCCACUCCCUGCUUUCUGGACGUCAGUGGCCCUUCUGGGUCCAGGCACGAGAGCGGGGCUGGGUGGGGUAGGUGUUGAUGGCGACGGCUGGAGGGAGUGGGUCUUCAUGGGUGGUAGGCGCCUCUCACAGGGGUGUCUGGGUCUCCCUAUAGGUUUAAGGUUCCUCAUUUCCUCGGCAGGUGGCUUGUCCUGGAGUGGGUGUGAGGCUUGGGUGGAGUGGAGGCAGUUGGGAGGGACCGGGGAGGAGCUUGGGGCCAGCUGGUUCAUCACUGGCUCUGGGUUAAAAAGCCAGCAGUCCUUGGUCCUGCAUCUACCGCCUGCCAUUCGUGGCUCUUGAGGACAGUCGGCCUCAUGGCUCUGGCAAGGGUUCCUGGGACCUGCCUGCUCACUGUUCGUGUCCUGCAGGCCCAUGGCCUGCCCUCGAAGGACCUAGUGACCCCCUCUGACUGCUAUGUGAGUCUGUGGCUGCCCACAGCCUCUAGCCACAGGCUCCAGACACGCACGGUCAAGAACAGCAGAAACCCCAUCUGGAAUCAGAGCUUUCGCUUUCGAAUCCACAGCCAGCUCAAGGUGGGUCAGGGGUCAGCCCCUGCCCUGCCCUGCCCCCUGUCCCUGCCAGCCCUCGGUCCAUGCUCUGGUCCCGCUCACCUUCCUACUCCACUCCUCCUUCCUGCGGCUCCUCACUCUCUUCCCUUCCAGAAUGUCUUGCAGCUGCAAGUCUUUGACCAGGACCUUCUGACCAGUGAUGACCCCGUGUUGUCAGUGCUAUUUGACUUGGGGACUUUGCAGGCUGGGGACUUCCGCCGAGAGAGCUUCUCACUGAACCCUCAGGGUGAGGAGUGGCUAGAAGUUGAAUUUCGGCUGCAGAGACUAACAGACUGUGCUGAGCAGCUUGUCAGCAAUGGCAUCCUGGUGGCCCGGGAGCUCUUCUGCUUGCAAGUUCGACUGGAGGAGGCAGGGGACCAGAAGCAGUCAGAGGGCAGAGUUCAGCUUGUGGUUCCUGGGUCCUGUGAGGGUCAACAGGAGGCCUCCGUGGGCGCUGGCCCCUUCCGCUUCCAUUGCCCGGCAUGCUGGGAGCAGGAGCUGGGUGUUCUUCUGCAGGAUGCCCCUCAAGAGCAGCUGAAGGUGCCCCUACGGGCCUUGCCCUCUGGCCAAGUGGUGAGGCUUGUCUUCCCUACAUCCCAGGAACCCCUGAUGAGAGUGGAGCUGAGAAAAGAAGAAGGACCGGGGGAGCUGGCGGUGCGGCUGGGCUGUGGCCUCUGUGCGGAGGAGCAGGCCUUCCUGAGCAGGAGGAAGCAGGUGGUGGCCGGAGCCCUGAAACAGGCCCUGCAGCUGGAUGACGACCUGCGGGAAGACGAGAUCCCCGUGGUAGCUGUCAUGGCCACCGGUGGUGGGAUCCGGGCGAUGGUCUCCCUCUACGGGCAGCUGGCGGGACUGAGGGAGCUGGGUCUCUUGGACUGCAUCUCCUACAUCACAGGGGCCUCGGGCUCCACCUGGGCUUUGGCCAACCUCUAUGAGGACCCAGAAUGGUCUCAGAAGGACCUGGCAGGGCCCACCGAGUCCCUGAAGACACAGGUGACCAAGAGCAAGUUGGGUGUGCUCGCCCCCAGCCAGCUGCAGCGGUACCGGGAGGAGCUGGCCGAGCGUGCCCGCCUGGGCCACCCCACCUGCUUCACCAACCUGUGGGCCCUCAUCAGCGAGGCACUGCUGCACGAUGAGCCCCAUGACCACACACUCUCAGACCAGCGGGAGGCCCUGAGUCAUGGCCAGAACCCUCUGCCCAUCUACUGUGCCCUUAACACCAAGGAGAAGAACCUAGCCACCUUUGAGUUUGGAGAGUGGUGCGAGUUCUCCCCCUAUGAGGUCGGCUUUCCCAAAUACGGGGCCUUCAUCCCCUCUGAGCUCUUUGGCUCUGAGUUCUUCAUGGGGCGCCUGACCAAGCGGCUUCCUGAGUCCCGAAUCUGCUUCCUUGAAGGUAUCUGGAGCAACCUGUAUGCAGCCAACCUCCAGGACAGCUUAUACUGGGCCUCAGAGCCCAGCCAGUUCUGGGACCGCUGGGCACAGGAUCAGGCCAACCUGGAAAAGGAGCAGGUCCCACUUCUGAAAAUAGAAGAGCCUCCCAUGGGCACUGGCAGGAUUGCUGAGUUUUUCACUGACCUUCUGACGUGGCGCCCACUGGCCCAGGCCACCCACAAUUUUCUGCGGGGUCUCCAUUUCCACAAGGACUAUUUCCAUCAUCCUUACUUUUCCACCUGGAAGGCCACCAAACUGGAUGGGCUUCCCAACCAGCUGACACCUGCGGAGCCCCACCUUUGUCUGCUGGAUGUUGGCUACCUUAUCAACACCAGCUUCCCGCCCCUCCUGCGGCCCACACGGGAUGUGGACCUCGUCCUGUCGCUGGAUUACAACCUGGAAGGAGCCUUUCAGCAGCUGCAGCUUCUGGGCCGGCUGUGCCAGGAGCAGGGCAUCCCUUUCCCGCCCAUCUCACCCAGCCCUGAGGAGCGGCGUCAGCCUCGCGAGUGCCACUUGUUUCUGGAUCCAGACUGCCCCGACGCCCCCGCUGUGCUGCACUUCCCUCUGGUCGAUGACUCCUUCCGGCACUACUCGGCCCCUGGCCUCCCGCGGACCCCUGAGGAGAAGGAGGCCGGGGAGGUGAACCUGUCCUCCUCUGACUCCCCCUACCACUACUCGAAGCUGACCUACAGCUCGGAAGACACGGACAAGCUGCUCCGCCUGACCCAUUACAACAUCUGCAACAACCAGGAGCAGCUGCUGGAGGCCCUGCGGGGCGCCGUACAGCGGAGGCGGCAGCGCCGGCGGCACCAACCCCAGUGAGGGCGGGGGGGGGCGGCCCGGGCCCCCUUCCCCUCCCGCCCAUCAGGACUCACACCCAGAAGACCCAGGUGGGCGGGGAGCGUUGGGGCCGACACUGCUCCCCACGUGUGCCGGAGCCGCUGGGGCCUGGAGGCCUAGCUGUGGCCGCCUCACCCUCUGCGGGGCUUUGGCAGGGUAUGUGCCCACCACCCCCCUGACGGGGCCACCAGCAACCCUGCCACAGACACAUGCGGGGAGCCUGAGGGUGUUAAAAGCGCUGGGCCAUGUCUCAGGCCGCAGAUAGCCCCCUCUUCAAGCAGGGAGAACAUUCAGGGGUUCUGUGGUUGCCUGAGGUCGACAUGGGGGACAACGGCUUGAGCCCAAAGCAGUAUUGACCCUAUUUGCAUAAGCGCUCGAAGCCCUGGGGCCGUUUCCCCUUGCUAUCUUGAGUAAGUAACUGUACAGAGUGCAAUAGAGCGGUUUAUGUAUCAGAGGCACGUAUAAAUGUGAGGUGGGAACAGGUGAUCUGUCAUUGCUGCCAAGUAAGGACGGGUCAUUCUGUGCUCUCAGUUACACUUAAUAAGGACCGGUUUGAAACAGCUCUCCCCAGGCCCCUUACAGAGCUAGCGAGCGGGUCCGUCCGGACCACUGCUGAAGAGCAGGCCACGUCUACCCGGCUGGGGCUACCCUUUCUAAGCAGGGGGAGGCCAAUUUGGCCGCGGGGUCUCUGCUGCUGGAACCCUGGCCUUGCGCAGGUGAGUGGACUCACAGGCAGUGGCAGCCAGCACCCCUGUCCUCCUCCCCCAGUCAGAUGGCUGCUUCCUGUCCCACAGUAGGGGUGGCCACACCUGGGAUCAGAGGAGCCACAGGGACGCACGUGAAUGGCCUACUGCAGCAAGUGGUGAUCUUUGAGGGCUGCCUCUCACCAAGGAACCGUCUAGUCCAGACGUUGGGCCUGGUAGCAGAGUCUCGUGCUGGUCCCCUAGAGGUUGUCCUGGUUUGUAGCCCUGAGGCUUGCUGCCACCUUAGGGUUUGCUUCAGGGUCCAGACCUGUUGGAACAGGGAGGCAGAAUGAACUUAGGGCCAGGCCUCCCUUAGAACAUUCUACCUUCUAAUGCGGCUGUGGGAGGUGGAUACUGAGAGCUGACAGGCAGCUGCAGGACUGACCCUAGUGCGCGGAAGGUGGAUGGGAGAGAACGGGUUCUUGUGACCCAACUCCCCCUGUCUGCUCUGGCCUACUGAUGCCUGGGCCCUGCUCCGGGCAUGUGGUUAGUGUCACACCAGAAAAAAUGGCAGCCCUGGGAUCCUUAGAAGCCACCAUCCAGGUCAAGGCCUAUUCAUUCAGCACCUUCUCAGAAUCCUGAAGCGGAGCCUGUGGGCCCUGCAGGAGCAGGCUUGCCUACUACCAGAGACCGCAGCCAUGCAGCCCUCUGGUGUGCUGGGAGUGCUCCUCCGGCCUGACACGGGGUGUCUGUCUCUGCGAGACUAUGUGGGUGUUGUGGGGGGUGCUGAUUUCUGCCCGGCUCUAGGACAGUAAGGCUCCCCUUGCCCAUUGGAGCAGGAGAGGCGGCCGGGUGCAGGCCAGAUAGGUUGCCGGCCAGCCCUGUCUUCUGUCUUGGACAGGAAGAGGAGACCAAGGAGUGAGUGAUGUGCAGACGCCGGGGAUGUCCUACCUUGGGUCUGGCCUGGGCGGGAAAGGCAGUGGGAGCCGUGGGCAGGUUCCUGGGCCGGGCCUGCAGCCUGUAGGAACUCCAAGAGUUGCGGCUGGCUGUCGGCACUCACAGCCAUCUCCCUCAGUGAGGAGGUCAGGGGAGAGCCAUGGAAUCUGUGGGGAGAGGGAACCAGAGGUUUGUACCUGAUGGGGUAGGUGUUAGGAUUUUCUAUUGCCAAGGGUCUCAAAUAUGGGGGUUACCCUACACCCUAGCAGCUUAGGUCUGAGCCUCCAGAGCUUGGGCUUAAGAGGGCGGCAGCUGUGCCAGUCCCGGGGCUCAGGCCCCCACCCGCCCGCAUAGCCAGGUGCCCUACCUGAGUGGGGCGGCAGUGCUGGGCCCUCUCUCAGCUGUGUGCUCAGCUGGGAAGCCCGCGGGUCUGGCUGGGAGCUCCAGGCUCCGACUGCGGGCUGCAGAGCAAAGCGAGAACGGGUCAGCCCUGGCGCCGGUGCCAGGCCCUCUGCAGACUGCAGCCUCCCUCCAUGUUCGUGUCUCCCCCACAUUCAUAUGGCCAGCUGGGGGUGGUAUUCGGAGGUGAUUAGGUGAUGAGGGUGGAGCCCUUACGGAGAAGACCCCAGAGAACAACCUGGCCCGUUCCACCAAGUGAGGACACAGUGAGAGGGCACCACCCCCAACCCGGAGGACGACUUACCAGACCCCCAGUCUGGUGGCAUCUUGAUGUUGGACUUCCCAGUCUCUGGAACUGUGAGAAAUAAAUGGUUCUGGUCUGUAACCUA